CUUUCACAUAUAAAUUUGGGAAAACAAAAUCCCUAAUAUUUUAUCCAUAAUUGUGAAAUCAUAAACAACGAAAUACCAAAUCAAAGUAAUUGCUAUACAUAUACUGAUAUACAUUCAUGCCUUGAUAUGUUGCUGAAUUGGCUCCAAAAACCCUAUUUCCCAUCUCAAAAUCCCAUUUCACAUAUAAAUAUCCCUAUGGACUUUUUGAAUCAUAAAGAAAUACAGAGCUAGUAAUGGCUGCAGAGGCUCCAUUUCGCUGCGAUCCCUGCUAUGGCAAACACUGCCAGCAUCGCUAUCCAGGUAAUUAACAUCAGUUUAUAGUUUUCUAUGAUCAUUCAACAAUUACAUUAAUGUCAAUGUUACUUAAUUUUGUAGGGUUGAAGGUUAUAUGGCCAGAGCUUAAAGGGGUAAAGGCAAGAAAGGCAAAGGAGAUAAUAGAGAAGGAGAACCCACAAGUAGAAGCAUACAUAGUUCCAGAGGGAAUGCCAAUUCCUGAGAUUAUGUGUUGCCACAGUGUGUUCUUGUAUGUCUCCUCCAAUUCCAAACAUGGAGAUUAUCACGAUGCUCCUGUCGUCAAGGUCCCUACUAUCGGAUGCUCUUAUCCUCCACUAUUUUAAUCCUCUAUCUUUUCAUGCAAGAGCAAGACUCUACC